UUGUAGACCUUUGCGCAGAUUUGAGGUGGUGAAGGAUAGAGAGACAGGAAACUCUAAAGGUUAUGGUUUCUGCACAUAUCAGGCUCAAAUUUGUUUUUUUGUUGUUGAUACUUCAAAGCAAUUGCUUAAUACUGCACCAAACAUUGUCGAUAUAUGACAAGGGAGCACAGAGGACCACUAAAAAUAAACCUAAUACUGGAUCACCUACUUUAUCUAGACAUACAAUAAAGAAAUAACCUUGAAUCCUGUUUGUCUCUAUAUGGAUUUUUCACUUCUUCCUACUUCCCUAAGUCCAUUUAGCCCAAGUGAAUUAUCUUAAGAAACAAUUUCCCACCAGCAAACUUCUCCUGCUUAUCAGCUAAUGCGAUAUACUCAGUUUCUCAAUCGUCAGUAUUACUUCCUCCGCAGCUGCCUCCAUUUCAGUUCCACAUUAUGGGCUCUCAUAGAUACCUGUGCUGAUCCUACAGCCCAACUCAGCUUCUUCACUGCAGCAUAUUAGCUGUUUGCAGAUAAUUUACCUAAUCUCUCUCCAUUGUUCCUAUGCUGAUUAUUCUCCUUAACCCUCUGUCAUAGUUCACUGAAGUUGUCAAUCUCGUUAGUUACAAAUGAAGUCCUCCCGAUGUAUUUAGAUUUCCAAGCAUAGGUAGAAUUUUGUAAUUCUCCUUGCCAGCAAUAAUUCUCCUUGCCAGCACUUCUCUCCGUCCAGCAUCUUCCUAUUUUGAUAAGCAGGGAUAAGGUUUCAUCCUCAUGCCAGUUAAGUGAAAUGCUAACAAAUAUACCAAAUUUGCAGAUGUUUCACCGAGUCCACACUGAAUUGUCCUCCUCUGUUUCUUCUACAUCUCGGCUUUUCACCUCCUUUGGAUGAAAUCCCCAUUGCUUCUUGAUAAUGCUGAAGAAGGUUUUACCUUAUAUUGGGUAGUAACCAACUAUUACUUGCUUCAGGACCCAUUAGUUACAGACAUUGCUUGUGCAGCGUUAAACGGCUUAAAGAUGGGUGACAAGACACUGACGGUUCGACGUGCUAACUCUAGCAGUGGGCAGGUGAAAUCUGAACAGGAGUGUAUAUUAGCUCAGGCAAGGCAACAUAUAGCUAUGCAGAAAAUGGCUUUUGAAGCUGGUGGUAUGACUAUUCCUGGUACAGAGAUAGGGCCUGUUGUGACUGCUGAAAUUCCAACCAAGGUGUUAUGCUUAACUGAGGUAAUUACCCCUCAAGAAUUGUUUGAUGACGUAGAGUAUGGAGAAAUUUUGGAAGACAUGAAAGAAGAAGGCCGAAAAUUUGGUGACUUGAUUGAUGUUGUUAUACCUCGGCCAGAACCUGAUCAUCAAAUUAUCGAAGGUCAUGGGAAGGUAUUUCUCGAGUACUCGGACGUUACUGGUUGUAGCAAUGCAAAGGCUGCGCUUGGUGGCAGGAAAUUUGGAGGAAAUACAGUUAUUGCUAUUUAUUAUCCUGAAGACAAAUACUAUGACAAGGAUUAUGCCGCUUAGGUUUCUGAAAGUUUUCCAUGUUGUUGGUCUUUGUAUAUGUUUAGUGCUUGUAAUUGUCAGUUUACUGCAGUCUGGGCUGUUCGAUAAUGGUCAAUUAGGAGAAGUUUUUCACUUUCCCGUUCAAACUACUGAAAUUACUAGAUUUUUAAUUCUAUUUAAGUUAUUUACUUUAUCUCCA